GCUCCCCACUCAGCAGGCAAGCUCACUGGUUGAUUUUGAGCCAAUAACUCUUGGAAGGAAGGGCGGGCUAAAAAUACAAGGGGGCAGGUGCCCAGCUGAACUUUGCAGCCUCAUCCCGGCUGAAAACGGAUUGCGCGUCUGAAACCUGCCCAUCCGCGCGUUUUGCAACUUGGAAGGAAAUUCCACUAGGCUCGAUCUUCUGCAUAACUGAAGAAGAUGGUCUUCUUGCCGAGAAAGGUUCAGAAAGUCCUGCCUUGGGUAAUAAACUACAGAAAGGUUCUUGGUUCCUGUUUGGUGACAGGCAAGAGAUGCCAGCUGUGCCACACGGGCCAGGCUUCGGCUGCUGACAGCCCUGUGAGAGAGGAAGCCUCUUACCCCCUAUAUCCAGGCCACAUCCCGACCAGCCCUCUGCAGAAAGCCCUGCUGACCGUUGGCUCAGCGUUUAUGGCGCUCUACGAUCCUUACCGGCACGAUAUGGUGGCCGUUCUUGGGGAGACAACGGGCUGCCUUGCUCUGGAGAAGCUCCGAGAGAGGAUGAGGAAUGACCCGGAAGGACGUCAGAUCCUACAAGAGCGGCCUCGGAUACGUCUUUCUACACUAGAUAUUACUGGGCUUCGGGCACUUCCGGAAGGGACAUUCGGCCGGGAAUAUGUUCGCUUUUUGGAUGAUAACAGGGUUUCUCCAGACACGAGGAUGCCGACCAAGUUUGUAGAUGAUGAGGAGCUGGCCUACGUGGUCCAGCGGUACCGGGAAGUCCACGACCUGAUGCACACGCUCCUUGGCAUGCCUACCAACAUGUUAGGGGAGGUUGCCGUCAAAUGGUUUGAGGCUGUCCAGACCGGCCUGCCCAUGUGCAUUCUGGGAGCACUUGUUGGCCCUGUUCGUCUUAACACCCGGAAACUUUAUGUCCUGACCACUGAUCUUAUCCCAUGGGCUGUUCGGAGUGGAAGCAACGCCAGCUGCAUUCUAAAUUUCUAUUACGAGAACCGCUGGGAGCAAACAGUGGAAUCUCUCCGCAAUGAGAUCGGGAUCCUGCCGCCUCCAGUGAUCAUGGCGUGAAUUCACGCUGGGAAAAAGGGGAAAGCAUGUGGACACGAUGGCCCUCCAAAAGACAGUGAUUUAAAUCCUGGCACGUUAAAUACUCCCUGCUGGAGCAUCGACGGGCUAUCCAGCUUGAGAGACAAAUUAAGCGGACCUGAUCUGCUGAAAAAAAAUGACUGGAUUUCCCCCAUAAGAGGAUGUUGAAUUAAGACCUAUCUACCUCAUACUGCUUCUUAACUUACUAGUUUUAAGCAGAUUAUUAAAAUAUAGGAAAAGCUAGACCCCGUCCCCCAUUUGAACAACUGCGAAAAUCUUAUCACAGAUGCCUAAAAUUUCACAGCUGAAGGAGUGAUGGGUCUGCUGUUUGUCCUAAUAAAAGAUGCAAUGUCUCCA